CCGCUUGGAGUGGAAUGGCUAAGCUUUACGCAGAAAGAGCCACAGUGACCUCUAGUGGAAGCGUCUGAGAAGUGCGAUUCUGUUUCAAUGGCAACCGUCACAGAGUUGAAAAGCGCUUUGCGAGAGACGCUGGAGGCCCGUGGGGUCCUGGGGCAGCUGAAGGCGAGGAUCCGGGCGGAGGUGUUCAGCGCGCUGGACGACGAGAGCACGCCGCGGCCGCCACUGUCCCACGAGAACCUGCUGAUCAAUGAACUGAUCCGAGAAUACCUGCAGUUCAACAAGUAUCAGUACACCGCCUCGGUGCUGACCGCGGAAUCAGGUCAGCCUGAAGUUCCCCUAGAUCGGGAGUUCGUGGCCAAUGAGCUCAAUGUCACAGAGGAUUCAAGUGUCAAAGCAGUGCCAUUGUUGUAUGGAUUGCUCCAUCAUUUCCUUAGCAGUAAGGAAGAGCACACAGGAAAACUCUUCCUAAGAGGCUCAGCAACAGUGCCUUCACAAGAACCUCAUGGCCAUCGUAGUGCAGAGUCAUAAAACUGAGUCACCGUUGCCACCAAAUCCACUAUGUAUCCAGAUCAGAUGGUCACUGCAGUCACCCAGAUCCAGUACGUAUCCAGACCAGAUGGUGGAUCAGCACCUAGAGAGGACUUCUACAGCCCUGAAUGCCACCGGAGUCCAGGACAACUAGAUGAGCCCCAGUCAAUACCUUGUCUCCUAGAUGACCACCGGGAUAAGACCACAGGAAACAGAUGAUUCUGCACAAUCGGAAUUGAACUAUUGGUUUCAUCUGGUCAGAGGAGAAUUGGCCCCCCGACUGAGCCUGGUUUCUCCCAAGGUUUUUUCUCCAUUCUGUCACUGGAGUUUUGGUUCCUUGCUGCUGUUGCCUUUGGCUUGCUUAGUUGGGGACACUUAAUUUCCAGUGAUAUCGUUGAAUUAAUUGCACAGAUAAUAUUUAGAUUGAAGUGAGCUGGAUGAUGACAUAAUUGAAUUCAAUAAUGAACUGCCUUUUUGCAUUAUUGACACACUGUUUUCCAAUUUUAUGCUGUUCAGUUUCUUUGUUACAAUCUGUAUUGUUCA